AUCCACACUUGAUAAAACAGUUGCUCUUUUUCAUUAUUUGAUUUUUAUUAAUUGAAAAAUAUUAAACAACAACGAUUCAAAAACUCAUCGGAAGAUGAAAGUGGAUUAGAACUGUAUGUCUGUAUGACAUGUAGUGGUUUCUCGAUUGGCCAGACCAAGUCCACUUGGUUGUCGAUCCUUGGAAACACGAGUUUUUGCCCACAUCUCAAGCAAGAUUCACUCUAAAGUAUAAUAAAACAUAUGCCCACUUGACGUGUUCGUCUUCUGAUCAUGGCACGUGGGAGGUAAGUAAACGUGUCUUGAAACCACUAUUGAUACAAAUAGACAACCAACAGUGUCGACAUCAAGACAAAAGUAAUAAUGGAAGAAGAGCACAAAAAAGAAGAAAGUAGAGAUAAGUACGAGCCACAACAGCACCAGCCACCGUAUAUCUCACAGAUGCAGCCGGUGACGCACGAAGCUUACGGAGGUGGCCUUUACGGUCAUGACGACGAGAAAGAUGCAAAGAAUUUAGAGAAAGAGGCCAAGAAUAUAGAGAAAGAGCCUCGGCAGCAUCACAUACCGGCCAGCGAAACACAAAGCGCAGACGGACCUGAUGAGGUAAAGACGUUGACGCCAAAGCACAAGCAACCAGCUUCUUCCGGUGAUAGAGACGUUGACAUCACUGGCCAGUCUUACAUUCAAUGAACAACUAUAGUACUUUCUUGUGUUGAAAUGUCUUUUGGGUUUCUUUCUUUCAUUGUCUUUUCUUGACUUUUCUUAGAAGCAAGCAAGUUUUUUUUUUUUUUUUUCUGAUUCACAUCUAAUCAAAACCGAUAUCCAAGCAUUAGGGGUAAUUCGGAAGAUGAGAAACAUUUGGAGAGAAAGCACAUGAAUACAACUUAUAUAGACUUUUAUAGUACCAA